CGUUGCGACUCCGAAGGAGCCGGUCGCGGCCGCGAUGUGCGCCCGUGGACAGUGUCGUCGCGACCACGCCGUCACACCGCCGUUGCCGACGCACCCCACAUAGUGCACGCCGUCGCUCGGACUGCACGCGACUUUAUAACUUUUACUACUUAUACGCGCAACCAAAUAUCAGACAGUUGUAAAUAAAAAUAUUCAAUUUCUUAUAAAAGUUUAGCAGUAAAAUUUUGACUAAGUAAUACAUAACUUUUGUAUUUAAUUAGUUUUUAUUAAUUACGUGAUAACUAUAGAAUCUAAAGACCGGAGGAGUUGGUGAUGUGAUAUGGCCAAGCGACAAUUGAACGGUUGCGGAAACGCUUGGUGCGCGCGUCUGAUUGUGGUCGGAUGCGCUUGGGCAUGCGCGCUGUUUGCUACCGCAGUUGCUGAUGCUCAUGCCGAUGUCGACACUUCAACUGGUCUUGGAGAUAACACGCUCACGAAUUCAGUUGUGGAAGAGCCCGAAUUCACUGACGUUAUACAGAAUGUGACAGUACCAGCGGGUCGCAGCGUUCGCCUCGCCUGUUCUGUCAAGAAUCUUGGUUCUUAUAAGGUGGCGUGGAUGCAUUUCGAACAGUCAGCCAUUCUUACUGUCCAUAAUCAUGUGAUUACACGGAAUCCUCGAGUGAGUGUUACUCACGACAAGCAUCGGACUUGGUUUCUUCACAUAUCUGACGUACGGGAAGAAGAUCGGGGUCGAUACAUGUGCCAGAUCAACACCGUCACUGCUAAAACUCAGUUUGGUUAUCUGCAUGUUGUCGUGCCACCGACGAUCGACGACUCUUUGAGCUCUAGCGACGUUAUCGUCCGAGAAGGCGCCAACGUCACUCUGACGUGCCGCGCUAAUGGCUCCCCUAAGCCCACCAUCAAGUGGAAACGGGACGACAAUUCAAAAAUAUCCAUCAGUAAAGGACACACCGUUUCCGAAUGGGAAGGAGAAGUGCUAGAAAUGGCACGAAUUUCCAGAUUGGAUAUGGGCGCUUACCUAUGUAUAGCUAGUAAUGGAGUACCACCCACAGUAUCUAAACGAGUAAAAGUUAGCGUUGAUUUUCCUCCAAUGUUAUGGAUUCCUCACCAGUUAGUUGGCGCUCCCCUCUUCUAUAACGUAACGUUAGAAUGCUUCACAGAAGCUCACCCUACUUCUUUGAAUUAUUGGACUAGAGACGAUGGGCACAUGAUACAUGAAAGUGCAAAAUAUCACAUGGAAAACACUGUUGGUGUACCAGCUUAUAAAACACAUAUGAGACUGUUAAUUAGGCAUAUUACUACUGAAGAUUAUGGAACUUAUAAGUGUGUAGCCAAGAAUCCAAGAGGAGAAUCGGAUGGAACAAUACGUUUAUACACUUCGUCGCCACCGACCACAACUCCAGAUCCCAGAGCUAUGACUGUCCCACCGCCAUCAAGGCCGCCGCGUAGAGACACGCCGCUAACAGAUAAAGGAACAAAAUAUCUAUCGAAUCUAAAUGAGAUCGAUAAAGAGAAGCAGAAGACAGACGAGGGUGGUGGGAAGACGCACCUCAACUGGGUGGGUGGUGCUUCCCAAGUUACAGGUGAUGCAGACUGGAGGAGAUGCCACCUAUGGAUUUUAGUGUUAUCGGUUGCACCACUUUAUUUUUAAGAUAUCAAAUUAUAUUUAUCCAAAUCCACACAGUCCAUUUUAUACACAAUUAUUCUAUGUAUUAUGAAAGUAUAGCUUAUAUCAAUAGCGCUAAGUUUAUUAAAAAAAAAAUAUUUAGCUAUACAAAGACUUGAAAUUUAUUAUUUGACACAAUAUACCUAACAAUAAAACUGCUACGCUUUUUGCUGAGCCCAUACAUUUUCUUAUUUAUUAACCUACGGCUGUAUUAAAACAAUAUAAUGGAAAUUAUCAUUAUUAUAAAUCCGCUUAAUUUUUUUAUAAAUAAAUCUCUUUUGGAAGAUACGGAAAACCGUAAUUAUUUUUUUUUAUUAAUAAUGACAAGAGAGAAAUGUAACUGACAAUUUACAUUGUAAAAACGCCACCCCUUGAUGUUUCAAUUGUAAACAAAGUGGGUACACCUACACCUAUAAAAUCUUCAGGCCGUGAAAACCCCAUGUUGUUAUCACACAAGUAGAUUUUCAUACAAAGCUUCAGCCGAUCAGCUAAUGGGGUUUCUAUAGAGUGCGUGUUAUAUGAGUCAAAAAUGUUAAAAUACUAACUUAACUUUUUUAGUAUAAUACAUAAAGUCAUGGAAAGACUUUGCAACCGACUUCAAAAAGAAGGAGGUGUUCAAUUCAGAUGUUAAUUUUUAUUUAUAAAUAUUAUGCCUGUGAUUUCUCUUGCUGAAUUACACGUAUUAGAUAAUAAUCAUUUCUAGAAAAGACAGUUAUUACUAUCCAUUCCAUUUUUUUUAGAUCAAUAAUACUAUUUGUCACAUUUCUGUCACUGCCAUAACUCAGAUCUGCCAGUCAAAAGAAUCAGUUCUAAAAUCUCGCUUUAUCCUCUAUGUUUAAUUUAAUUAUAUUUCUAAAAUAUAUUAUAAAAGAUACUUGUUAGAGAACAAAAAUUAAGAGUGGUCAAGUUCAUAUAUUAGACAUAUAAAUUAGACCAAUAUUUUAGAGUACCUGACAAGUAGAUGACCGAAAAAUACAGAUAUCUUUUUUUAUAUAUUUAAUAUUUUGCGAUUUAAAAUAAAUAUAUUGAAUACCAAUAUUGUCCAGUAAAGCCGUCUUAUUUAUUAUUUUAUUUCAGGCAUAAUUUGCAUGUUGUUUACGCGAUAAUUUAAAAAUAUGUAAAAGAGCUUAGGGUAGAUAUACAAUGCUUCUAAAUCGAUUGAAAUACAUACCAAAAAUUAAAUAUAGGUGCAUGAUGCGAAAGCAGUUUUAGAUUGAAUUACCUUUAAGUUAGACUAAAUGUCCUUGAAAACAGGUAAAUUAGUAUAAAAAUAUAUUAAACGUAGAAGCUACAUCGUCGUUAUAUUGAUUAUACAACAAUUGAUAGAUUUUUCUGUUCCACUCAAUCGAUAUGUAUAAUAUAUGUAUAAAUAAACAUUGUUGUUAACUAAAUAAAAUAUAUACAUUGUAACUAUGGUGUACAACAGUUCCUUGAACUUUAAUGUUCGUGGUAUAGCAGAUUUCCUGUUUACAUUCCGUAAUAAAUAAAAAAAAAGCCAUCUGCUAAACCAUGAACUAAUAUAGAUAAAUAGUAAAUCAUUGGCACACGUAUUGAUAUAAAAUAAAGUGCACUAUUAUAUCAUAAUGGUUAUUUUAUAUUAAAUAGAUUAAGACUGAAUGAAUAUAUUAUUAAUAAUGGUAUCUCUGGAUGAUAUUAAAUAAUUAUUUUUGUGCAUGUCUUAACCUCAUGUUCACUGUGAUAAGUCCUAUACUGAAUGAAAUAUUGGGUAUGCCAAAUUUAACAAUGAUAGGUGUACUAUCCAUCUUAGUGAGUGGGUGUAUAACAAAAUUACAUUAGCUUUAUUUUAUUAUUUUUGAGUGAUAUAAAACUCUGGUCCAUACAAUCAACCGUUUUGUUUAUUUUAACUGUAUCGGGUUAAGGGGGAAUGUGAGUGUUGUGAUCUUACGUUAGAUUCAGAAUAAUUGUACUAACCUAGAAAUUAAAUAUAUUGUUUUCUUUAAUCUCACUGUUUAUUUGAAUUAAAACAUAAUUUUAUUAUAUUAGAUAAAAUAUACACAUGGAUCAAAUAACUACUACAUCUCCGGUAAACGACAACUAUGGCUUUAAGUUCAAAUAUUUAACUAAAUCAGUUUAUACACAAAUAUUUUAAAACUGAAUAAGUAAAUCAAAUUUUAAAGUUUUCAUAAAAAAAAAAAACAGACAAAAAUGUACAUAUACAAAUACUCUGACUUCACCAAGAAUGAAAACGAAACAACUAUUAAUUUUAUUUUAGUUUUUUUUUUUCAGUAAAAAAUAUUCAUUGUCCAUAAUUUAUACAACAUCUAACUUUCUUCUGUCAAUUAUAGUUUAUAUACUAUAGAUUAUUGUAAAUGUUACCGUUAAUCAUGUUGCCAAAUUGCUAAUAUAAGAAAAUAGCUAUCUAGAUAGAUUUUGUAAAUAUAUCCCUAAGCUAAAGCAAUGGAGUGUGUUUAUAUUAUAGAGUGUAUUGAUUGUUUAAAUUGAAUGGGAUCUGAAUGAAUAAACAUAGCUACAUAACUACAGAUAUUAAGGAUGAUUAGGUUAAUAUUAA